CGCGCGCGGCUGACAGCGCAGUGGCCGGCCGCCCGUGUUUACCGAGGGAGCGUCGCGCGUGCGCUCCGCCACCGACUGUUUGCACGACGUGUUUGCACAGUGAUUCGGCAGGCGGUAUGAGGGCGCAGCGGUGCGCCCUGGCGGCGGCGGCGCUGGCGCUGGCGACGCUGCUGCCAUCUGUGGACGGCGACGAGCAGCAGCGGCUGCCAUGUGGCCUGGCGCGCAUGAAGUGCCUCUACCGCGACGGCUGCCGGAAGGCGCUCGACAACUACAUGGACGGCUGCCUGGACAUCAUGAACGGACACGCCAAGACGUGCAACGACUUCUGCACCAAGAGUCUGAUCGCUCUCACUUCGACGCAGCCGGGCCACGCGCUGAUGGAGUGCGACUGCGGCGAAGACCAGUUCUGCCGCGCCACCAAGCGGCGGCUGGACCCGUGUCGGCCUCAGGUGCAGUACGCCAACCGCAACGACACGGUCGUCUCGUGCGAGGUGGCCCAGUGGAUCUGCGGCGCCGACAACCUGUGCGGCACGGCGCUCGACUACUACUUCCGCAACUGUCGCGCCAUGUUCGCCGGCCGCCGCUGCUCGCGCCGCUGCAACAACUCGAUCUCGAUCCUGCAGCGACAGCAGCGCGCGGCCAAGCUGCAGACUUGUGCGUGCGAGGGUGACGCGCCGGCGCGCGCUAGCUGUGUUGAUAUCAAGCGCAACAUGGACCAUCUCUGCUUCCACAAACCCGUGGUGGAUGAGGAACGCGAGGAGGCGACAAACGUGAUAGGUGGCGCCGCCGCGCAGACUUUGAGUGCGGCUGUCGCGAUACAGGUGGCGCUAGUGGUGUGGGCGAGAUGGGCCGCGGCUCACUGCUGGUGACAUAUGAAGGGUUUUGAGACGUGGAUGGCCAGACGUGCUUUGCGUGCCACACAUUCCUACGAGAGUUUCUCAGCCAGCUGUUAUGCUGUCGACCUCAGAGCGUUGAUAGGGUACCGUGAAGGAUGAACGCACUUUUGAAUGAGAUGGUGAUGAUUUGAAUGGCUAUGCAUUGUCAGUUUCGUUUUGUACAUCGCUCACCAUGUGUAUGUCUUGUGUAGAUGAUCCAGCUAGUCACCAUGUACAAAUGUGGCGGCACAUGACUCCCGAACGCAGCUGUCGCGUGCGCAUGCCGAUGCCUCCCACUGGUGGAUUACCUCGCCUUUUAACCAGUCCACGCUGAAGACAGUGUCUAUAUACACAUAUGUUGAUCCUCUGCCGGUUGUGCCGAGUGGCGAACAUGUCAGCCUUAAUACAUCGAAUGCCUUGCAA